GGGUUGACCAGGUCUGCAGAUUAUGGAAAAGGAUAUAUAUGAGAGAUGUAGUAGGUAUUCACGAAUUUACCAAGAGGUCAAUUUCGAAACGACAAACGUGAUAAGAACGUGCGGUUCCACAUUGCCCCUUGAUAUUAAGCCAAUCAAUGACCAUGAAAUGAGAUUGAUCUGCGGGGAGAUUCAAAGCGUGGCUCAAGAAAUAUCUUACAAGAAUUAUAAAAAAUUAACAGCGAUACAACAAGAAUUGGCCAUUUACCUUCAAAGGAAAAGUCGCGCUUUUGAAUACGAUUGUCAAAGGAUGGUUUAUAUGGGUGCCCUUGGAGACGGUGGCUGGAAAACGUGUCAAGAUGAGUCCUACCUAUUAAAGUCCCCUUGUCUAGUAUAUUCUUUCGGAAUAGGGCAAGAUUGGACAUUCGAAAACGCCUUAAUAUUGCACGGCUGCCAAAUACAUUCCUUUGAUCCUACCAUUGGCUUAAAGAGUUUCGUCCGUUUUCCGUCCAAUGUAUUUCACGACGUCGGGAUAAGGCAGGAAAAUGAUCCUCCAGUAGCGAAGAAGAUUAAACUGAUCUCGAAGCGUUUGACGGCGGAUUUGAGGCAAGAUGGACACCUUUCAAAGAUGAUCGACGUAGAUGAUUAUUACGGAGUUAUACGGAAACCCGGCAGGUUUAGGAUCAAAAAGGCGUGGAUACGCCCAUCAAAGUCGAUGGGAACUGAUCUUGGAAGGGGGAUAUUUGAUAGCGAGAAAAAAAAAUUUAAUUUCAAAACCGCUUCUUACAAGGACAGGUACGUGAUAGAGCCCAUAGAAACCAACGAGACGCGGCGGAUGAUAUAUCAAAAUGGCGAUUCAAUUUGGUGGAAAUCUUUGCCUUUCACAGAUAUAACGAGAAUGCUCGGCCAUGGUGAUACCGUCAUCGAUAUACUUAAGUUAGAUAUCGAGGGAGGUGAGUGGGAUAUACUGGCGAGCUUGCUGAACAUUCCAGUUCCGGAAAAUUCCGAUCUGGGCUCAAGUUUUGACGGAAGUAAGACUCACACCACUAACGGUUCCUCGAACUUUAAAUUGAGAAAUAUCAGGCAAAUGCUGUUGGAGUUUCACGUGUGGGGUGUAUUCUCUGAAUCUAUAAAGGCGUUAAACCGAGUGAAACGGGUGUUCGAUGGGUUACACAAUGCGGGCAUGAGACUAUUCUAUUCUUGUGGGAACGUUGGAGACCUUUAUUCAAUUGUUUCUUUUGGUUGUUACAGUUUUUCUUUCGUCAAUAUCUCCAUGUUAAACCCUACCUAAUAUUUAACACGUUUAU